GAUGUGAUGCAUAUGUUUGCUCCUCUUAGUCUCUGAAAGUGCUGCGGACGUCAGAGUUCCUUCCCUAUGUGGUGUUCCUUCAGUCUCCUGACUUCGAGGUGCUACAGGCGAUGAAUCGCUCAGCUGUGGAGGCGGGGGUGGUCACCAAGACCCUGAUGGACGAAGAGCUGCACAGGACAUGUGAUGAGAGCGCCAAAAUAAAAGCAGCCUUUGGUCACUUCUUUGACCUGACCAUCAUCAAUGACAACCUUGAUGAGACCUAUCGCACUGUCAAAGCUGCCCUGGAAACGGUUUCCAAAAACCCACAAUGGGUCCCGGUUACCUGGGUGUUCUAAGGACCAGGAAAACCGACUGCAUUUCUCAGUACUCAUAUUUAGAUUGUCCUCAGUUCCAACAGAAGAAUUGUGUUAGCAUUAGACUGGAUUAGACCUCUGUAACUAAAGCUCCACCAAACAGCUAGGACUUUGUGUGUGAAUAUAGUGACAGUCUCAAUGUGGGGACUGGGGAUCCCUUCGAUACCAGAAGUCGAUUCUGUUGGAAAAUGUCUCCUCAGAAAAACUGUGUAUGUGCAUGCAUGUGCAUGUCUCUGCUUUCCUGAAGACUUCAACAUUUUGUAGAUUUACAUCGUACUUCUGAACAUCAGCAGAUCGUACCGUUGGUUACGUUUCACAAAGGAGCUCAGACCUUCACAAAGGGUCAGAAUGUCACCAUGUGCCAAACGAUUCAUUUCAGACACAAAAUGAAUCCUCCCAAACUAGAAUAAAUAUUUUUAUACUUUCUGUUUAAAAUGUUUUGACAUUCAGCCAAAAUAAUGUAAGAAAGUUCAUCCAGAUUUUUUUUAAACAUGUAAUUUUUUUUUAAAUCCCCACCUUAAAGGGCCAUGUCACGUACUAUGCCUAUAAAAGGAAACAUCCAAUCCAUCUAUGCUUAUUAAAAUAAAGCAAUAUAUUCCUAUUGUUCCUAAUCACAGUGUUUACUUAGUCCUUUUUUGACUCCAAAGGAAUAAUUUGGUAUUAUCCCUCUUAGCAUCUUAUUUUUCUUUGCACUUUUUUACACUUGAGGAAAAACUGAC